CAUAAGCCUGUAGCCACUAGCCAGUCACAGAGUUGCAAAAACAGGAUAUCUUAGUGGGCGAUCCGCUUUCAGACAAGCAAUUGUGGUUUCAAGGAGAUGUUGGGUGAGGUGAAGUGAUCCAGUUAGAGAUGGCGAUGAAGCGUGUAGCUGCCUCUGCACUUCGUGCUUUUACCUCUUCAGGGGAUUCAACUUCAUCACUUGUCACCAGACACCUCCAUGCCUCUCCUGGUAGCAAAAAGAUUGUUGGUGUUUUCUAUGAUGCAAAAGAAUAUGCUGCAAAGAAUCCCAAUUUUCUUGGAUGCACAGAAAAUGCAUUGGGUAUCCGCCAAUGGCUAGAAUCACAGGGCCAUCAAUACAUAGUCACUUCGGACAAAGAAGGACCAUAUUGUGAACUUGAGAAGCACAUUCCGGAUCUCCAUGUGUUGAUAACUACCCCAUUUCAUCCAGCAUAUGUCACGGCUGAAAGGAUUAAGAAGGCAAAAAAUCUGCAACUUUUGCUGACUGCUGGAAUUGGCUCAGAUCAUGUUGAUCUGAAAGCUGCAGCAGAUGCUGGGUUAACAGUUGCAGAGGUCACUGGGAGUAACGUUGUCUCGGUUGCAGAAGAUGAAUUGAUGAGGAUCCUCAUUCUUGUUCGAAAUUUCGUGCCUGGACACCAUCAAGUCAUAACAGGGGAUUGGAAUGUUGCAGGUAUUGCUUACAGAGCUUAUGAUCUUGAAGGCAAGACUGUAGGAACUGUUGGUGCUGGGCGUAUAGGCAGGCUUUUGCUGCAGAGAUUGAAACCUUUCAACUGUAAUCUUCUCUAUCAUGAUCGGCUCAAGAUGGAUCCUGAGUUGGAGAAUCAAAUUGGAGCCAAAUUCGAGGAAGAUCUCGAUAAGAUGCUGCCGAAAUGUGACAUAAUUGUUAUUAAUAUGCCUCUUACAGAAAAAACUAGAGGGAUGUUCAACAAAGAUAGAAUUGCUAAGCUAAAGAAAGGAGUUUUGAUUGUAAACAAUGCUCGAGCAGCAAUCAUGGACACACAAGCAGUUGUUGAUGGUUGUUCUAGCGGACAAAUUGGAGGUUACAGUGGGGAUGUUUGGAAUCCACAACCAGCUCCAAAGGACCAUCCUUGGCGUUACAUGCCGAACCAAGCUAUGACCCCUCAUAUUUCUGGUACUACCAUUGAUGCACAGAUACGCUAUGCAGCUGGAGUCAAGGACAUGCUGGAUAAGUACUUCAAGGGAGAAGAUUUCCCUCCACAACAUUACAUUGUCAAGGAUGGGGAGCUAGCAAGCCAGUAUCGUUGAAUAAAACCUAGCCCAUCGAGUUUGGUGUGUGUAGUAAGUGUCAAACUUAGGAAGACGCAUGCAGAAUAAUGAGGAAAAUUGGCCUUGUAUUUCGUCUGAAUGAAAGAUUUCAGACAUUCCAGAACAUUUACAUAUAUAUAUAUAUAUAUACACACACACACACACACACACACACAUACAUAUAUCGGUUUGUGAACUUGUAUGGGUGGCUAGUUGUUUGUCCAGAAAUUUUGUGCGAAAAGCUUCACUCAUUUUGGCUCAAACUCAAAUCCUGCACCUAGCUUGAUUGAUGAGCCAUUUGAAGAUUAACAGGAUAAAGCAAGUCAUCAGACUUAUCUUUGUCCUAGCAAGUUCAGGAGGACAGACUAUUGGUUGUUGUGUGUCUUUUCA